UAAAUUUAGCACCACGCCAUUUGUCUACAGUUGCAUUUUGAGUUAACGGUCUAGAUGGAGGAAAACCAAAGUUCAAGAGCGAUUGACGAUGCUCUUUUCGAUGCUGUUGUGCAAAAGGACGUAGAAAAGGCCUCGGAAGCAAUCGCGAAGAGCGCUGACGUCAAUGUUGUAGCAAGAAAUUGGGGAUGGUAUGGUACUGGAUUGGGUGGUUAUCCAUCUGCUCUUCAAGUAGCGUGUGGUGUGGGAUCAACCGAUAUGGUUGAUGUACUUAUAAGAAAAGAAGCCAAUGUGAAGUAUCAAGAGAAGGGGAUGGUGAGGGUUCAGAAUAUUAGAAAUUGCUUUGCCGACGAGAAAGCGGACGUAGUUGUAUAUAUGAACUGAUGGCCGGAUUUGAACUAACAGAAAUUGAACGCUCAUCCGUUCUCUCAAAUAAUUUGAGUACAUCAGAAAAAGAAAAUUGAAAGAACGAGUAGCAGUGUACGCGGUAGGGAGUCCAUUGGACGGCGUAGGGGUGCAUUCCAACGCGUGCUGAUACGUUGAUUCAAUUAAACUAGGCGCGGUUUCUGCU